AUGCCCGCGGGGCAUGGAGCCGUGUCGGAGACAGAGAGCUGUGCCACAUGGAGUCCUGUCCCCACACCUCCUCCGCUCUGCUCUGCACCUCCAGACUUCUGCCAGCUCGGCCCCGACAUUGGGCCUUGCAAAGCCUGGGUCCCGCGGCUCUUCUACAACUCCAGCUCCCAGCACUGCGAGCUGUUUAUCUACGGCGGCUGCCAGGGGAACCCGAACAACUUUGCUGAGGAAGAGGAGUGUCUGCAGGCCUGCGGGCCCCCUGACAUUUGCAAACUCCCCCCUGAAGUGGGCCCCUGCGAUGCCGCAUUGCCCCGGUUCUUCUACAAUGCCAAGACCGGGCAGUGUGACGGGUUCACGUACGGCGGCUGCCAGGGCAACAGGAACAACUUUGAGACAGAGGCCGCGUGUCUCCAGGCCUGCGCAGGCCACGGCGCGGCCUAGCCCUGGCCAGAAUGGGGCUCCACGGGGAAGCUGCGGUCCCUGGAGCCGGUCCCAUUCACCCAGCACGACCCUCUGAUGCGAUGCUCUUCUGCCGUCAAGGCCCUGUCCUGUGUGGAAAUGGGUUUUUCUGCAUGUGCCUCUCACAAACUUGUUACUGU